AUGCAACCCGCAUGCAAACCAAUAUUACCGCUAUUUUGCUCUCAACACCAAAUGGCUUGCACUCAAGGCUCCACCCUUUUCCAGCCGGCCACUCAAUGGACACAGGAUACCAAUGAUCAUAUUCUGCGCGUCUGCCUCCCAGGUUUCCAAAAGGAUGAAUUCAAGGUCCAGGUUGACAACUGCGGGAAGCUAACAAUAAGGGGCAAGAGGCCGCUCGGUGAUGGCAAAUACAUGCGUUUGGAGCAGGUUUUUGACGUUCCUAAAGAUUCACACAUCGAUAAGAUCCGAGGGAAAUUUGAAGACGCACGUCUCUCUUUAUUCAUGCCCAAGAAGGUGGUGACGGAAAAGGAAACUCAAAGGGCUGUUUCAUGUGAUAAAAACAAAAAGCAAGAAACACCACCACAGAAGCCAAACAGCGGCCCCGUCGCUGAUGACAAGCUCGAAGAAUAUAAAAAGAAAGCGCUGGCUUGGAAAGUGAAAUUUGAGGAGCAGUUGGAAGGGUGGCUGGAUUAUGGAUUGAUAGAUGGAUUUCUGGAGACAAUCAGCAAGAACAAAAAGACCAUUGCUGUAGCUACUGCAGCCUUCACCGCUGGCUUUUACAUAUCUCGAAAACUAAGGUCAAGUUGA